AUGUCUAAUAGCCUUGUCUUGAUCACCGGUGGCACCGGACAUGUUGGAUUCAGACCCCUUGUCACUGCCCUGAAGGCUGGCUACCACUUUCGAGCUGGAAUUCGUUCCGAGGACAAAAAUAAUGAAAUACUCUCUGCGCCAUCCAUUAAAGCCCUCAAUCUAACGGACAAGCUUACCUUCAAUAUUGUACCAGACUUGACGGUUGAUGGCGCAUACGAUGAGGCAGGGAGAAAUAAACUGGAAGACUAUGAAACAACACUUGUUGAGCCUGCCGUUGCGGGAACAGAAAAUGUCCUGAAAGCAACAAACAAUUCGCCUGGUAUCAAGCGCGUUGUUGCCUUCUUCCACGCCUAUAACGCGAGCAAAAUUGCCGCUCUUCAGGCAACCACGGCCUUUGUUCGAGACCACAAGCCCACUUUCGAUGUGUCGGAGCCAAACGCUUUCGCCAUUGCACCCGUCCUGGGAGCCAAUCCCGAUACCUCCCUCACUGGACCUAGUAUCCAUGUUGAUGAUGUUGCAUUCAUGCAUGUCAAAGGUCUUGACUCUAACGUCCCAGCUGGAAGCUAUAUCGACAAUUCUGACAACUAUGCCGGAACUGUUUGGCAGAAUGUGACAGGGAUUGCUGCUGAACACUUCCUCAAAGCAGUGGAGAAGGGCAUCCUUCCUAAUAAUGGCUUACAACCUAUUUGGAAGCUCGGGAUGAAUGCGAAGGAGUCAGAGGAAGUUAUGGGUUUGAAAUUCCUCAGCUUUGAAGAACAGGUCAAGAGUGUUGUUGAGCAUUUCCUUGAGCUAAAGAGCGAAAAGGCAGAGUAG